AUGCAUAAUCUGUGAGAGAAUCAUGCUGACAUUUGGGGUUUUUUUUUCAGGCAAUGGGAACUGGUGCUUUGCUCAAGUUGUGGACAGUUUGGCACUCAUGUUGGUUGUAAAGACUGGAGCACCAACCCCCCGUCUCUGCUGUGUCCCACCUGUCGACCCAUCCACGAAGUCGAUGUCAAUGAUCGUAUUACACGUCUUGCUGCAACAUUAACUUCCAAUCAGGGGGGUGCCGUCGCAAAAUCAAUUCAGGGGGGUUCCGUCGCAAAAUCAAUUCAAGAUGGAUCCGUCGCAAAAUCAAUUCAGGGUAGAUCCGUCGCAAAAUCAAGUCCGGAUGGAUCCAUCGCAAAAUCAAGUCCGGAUGGAUCCCUCGCAAAAUCAAGUCGUAACCGCAAAGGUAUGUUUCGUUUGAGAUCUCGGUCAGACCAGAGAGCUUAACGCAUGUGUAAAACAAAGCAACUUUACAUUGGGUACUCAACUACUCAUCGCUAAAAAGUCCGUGUUAAUGAUUAUUGACCUUUAAAAUAGGACUAAAACAAAUUACCAACUAAAACAAUUCUUAUCAGUUUUGUUACAAAUCUGUUCCCACUGUUUGUUCCUAGUUGUUGUAACAAGUUUGGAACAAGCUGUUAACAACUUGUAACAAGCUUGAUGGCAUUAUCAGACUUGUUACAAGGUUGUUCUAACAAGUCUGAUACGAUCAUGAUAUAUAUGUAUUGUUAUUACUAGGUUGUAUGACCACACAAGGUUGUAUUUUCACACAAAAUUGUUAUUUCGUGACUGUGUCGCACUUGUUUGAACAAGUCUGGUAAUAUCAACAAGGUUGUUGCAAAUGUUAACAAGUUGUUCCAUGCUUGUUGACGGCUUGUUGGCGGACUUGCUACAAGAUGUGAGAUUUUUGCGUGGGUAUAAUUUCCAUACCUAAUGCUAGCUUCCCUUCGUUCUACCCGAUGCUUUCGUAAAGUUGGAUAAUAUAGUAAGCUUUUGAAAAUCGCAAAAGUGAAUCGUAUUUUUAAGCUUUUGAAAAUGCGCCCACAAGCUGCAUGGGUAUUGACAUGCGGUCGUUGUACACGCAUGCGUACCAAGCGGUGAUUUGUGUUCCAGGCGGACGGUGCCCAAGAAAGAAACGACAGUACGUGGACUCCGAUACGGAUUCCGAUGACAUUAUGAACGUGGUCAACGGGCUCAGACGACAAGCCGAGAACGAUAUCUUGAAUUCCGACACCAAUUUUAUCUUCCAGCGGGCUAUCGCGGCCGGGACCGCGGCCAUGCAACAGAGCGGACUUAGUUCUAACCGGAAACGAAAAGCCGAAGACGCCGAAAGUGACGAUGAUAUUAUGAUAACAAAGUACGUGCCUGGUUACUGUCAAAUAUGCCCGAAAUGCAACCGACGAAAGCGGGCGAACACCGUAACAAGACCACCGGAAAAAUGUCCCCGGAAAGUUUUGCCUUGUACCGGGAUUUCGUCCACAGUGGGAAAAAAUUCUGGGUCUACAUGUACGAUAACAAAAGCUGAUAUGGAACGCAAGGAUGCUGGGUAUGAAUCCGAGGAUCUUGAGAUGGAAGGCGGAAAGUCAGAUACGGGGACCGGGAAAUGUGAGGCGAAGGCGCGGAAAGUUAAAGUAGCGGAUUAUGAAGUUCUGGAACUUGCUGCUGAGCAUACAGACAGGUCGUCUGUGCUGGUGUUGCCCUCUGAACAUAAACCGAACGGAUUGGUAGGGGCAUUACGGGACCGCAGCGUAAAUAAAGAUGGUAGCAUUUCUGAGGGUGAAAAUGAGCAGCAAAGUAACUCUACCUCUUUUUUGCGAAGCUCCGUUCAACAGUUGAUUCAGUUCUUGAAUCCGCUUUCCAGUGCGGGAACUAAGGAAGAAGCUCGGAGAUUGACGGAACGUUCCCGCAAAGUCGAAGCGCUCGCAUCUUCGAAGAAUUCAAAUGUUCAGAAUGCUGAGAUCGAUAAGGAAGUUGCGAAUACUACACGUAAAAACUCGGGUUCAAAAGACAAGGAAAGAUCUGAAGGAGAGGUUGACGUUACAAUUUGGUUGAAGUCUUCCGAAGAGCUACCUGUAUCUUCCGAUGCGAAAUCGGGGGGUGCCGAGCGGCGGUCGGCGCCUUUCCGGGGGACGUCGGGGGCUACCGGGCGGCGAUCGGCAUCGGUUGGUGGUAAAACGUCGGAUGUUAUCGGAGAAAAAUCGGCAAUAGUCGGAAAGACUUCGACAUCGCUCGGUAAGAAGUCGGAAACUACCGUAGAAAGGUCAGAAUCGAGACAAAUGUUGGAUUGGAACUCAAAUACAUCGAAGUUUUCAAAUUCACCACCAACUUCUAGAGAUGGGAAGUUAUGUCCACGGAAUGGUGAAACGAGCAAGAACGAAGAUUUAGAGUUUUUAACGAAGAAAGCGGUUUUAGAAGCAGUUAUUGACCAUGCUAUGGAACUCAAGAACUCUGGAAAGGAACUCAAGCAUAGAUGUGUAUCAAGUUGUUAGAUAUUUGUAUUAUAUUAUUGUUGAUUCUCGUUGAAUAGUAGACACCUAGGUUACAUAAGCAAAGACGAAUCACUACGUUGUUCAAAUUCUAGUUUUGUAAGCUUGGUUAAUUCAUCGCAAAAAGCCAGCUCGUUGCGAGUACUUUCAUCAAAUCGCAGUAGCUGGCAGCGCCGGAGAUAUAGAAUGGGGGCCUUUCUGUAUUUUUCUUUUGGUUGUUUUUUUUGUGUCUCACAAACGCGACAUCCACCAAAGCAUCGCAGGCUCAGGAUGCAACAAUUUAGCUAAAAUAAUGCUCACUUAAUUACAUCAACUAAACUACAAGUUUGUAUUUAUGUAUGUGGCAGUUGAUCGGUUCGCGUGACAUAAAACUAUGCAUAAAACUGGCAUAUUUUCAGGCAGAUCGCGUACGUUUGAGAGUAUAAUAUCACAGUUCGAUACUGAUCAAAUAAUUGAAAUUUCAGACCUUGUACAUUACGCAUCUUUGUUUUGAAGCUUUGCCAAUUUUGUGCGUAUCGUGUCGCCCCCUACAGCCCGAGUGAUUGCCCGAGCUGGCAUCUUGUCUUAAUUCACCCUUUCAAUAAUUACGUCACACAUACUUUUUGGUCUUGGAGCCUCGCUAUCAUUAGUAAAUUACGCAAGGUGAUUGGCUCACGAUUCAUGAGAGCGAGGCUCCCAGGCCAAAUGACGAAAUUAUCGAAAGGGUGUAUUAGAUGGAAGCACUCGUUUCGAGUUGAUUUUGCGAUGAGUGGAACCAGUUAAGUUACCUUUUCAAAUGCACCUUGCAGUUGAAAAACACAAAAAUCUCGUAAAAAUGUAAAUUCGAAUGUAACUAGUAUAAUGAUGAUAUGAAUAUACAGAAUUAUAUUAUAAUUAUAAUAUAUUACAGAAUACAGUAAAACCCCGCAUAUAAGAACCUAGAUUUUUCCAGGAAAUUGGGCUAAACAGGUUCUUAAAUAGGUUCUUAUUUUCUUAAGAAGAAAGCGACUCAUUUUCGGUAGAUGUGGUAUAUAAUUUAUAUAAAUUAUGACAAAUUAUCUAACAGUCCAUGAUGCUGGAAAACAUUGCUUACAAUCACUAGUCGUUGAGAUUGUCAUGACAUAGUAUUUUCACUGAAGAAGAAGAAUGAUUUGUUGUUGUGUUCAUAUAGACUAGACAUGGUAUUUAUCGAAAUGACAUUUCCAGGGUUCUGGGUCAUUUCCAUUACUUUGUGAAGAGCUUAAUUGAAAUUCUAACCUAAACAGGUUUUUAAAUUCUAGGUUCUUAUAUGCUGGGUUUUACUGUAUAAGCAAAACAUAUUGAACUGCAUAUAUUACGAAAGUCACCGAACUGUGGAAUCGCGUCAAAAAUUCGUAUCGCCGCCACUCUCACAAACGUCUACGACCGCAUCUACAUAUUUUUGCAUGUUUACAAUUCUAAUUUUAAACAGUCAAUCGACGUUUAAUUGUAAUUGUCAUCAAGAACCGGAUUGGCUGUUCAAAAUUAGAAUUGUGUGCAAAACUAUGUAGGCGCGAUCGUAGACGUUUGUGGGAGUGGUCGAUAUACGAAUUUUUGAUGCGAUUCCACAGUUCGGUGACUUUCGUAAUAUCAUUUUCUCUUUGGCGUAAAAUGUCUUUAUUUUAGCACUCUUUUAUCGUUUAUGCACGAAGCAUACUUUUUAAGUGUGUUUGCCGUUGGGGAAACGUAUAAAAGAAAAAUGUUAAAAUGCAGUCUUAGCCAAGUGGCAUUUUAGUUAUUAUAGUUCUGAGCGCCUGGGGCCGGUUGUACGAUUUCUAAAAAUGCCUGAAAAGCUGUAAAACUACAGAUAUGAACGCAUAAGUUGUACAAAAAACCUUUAACUUAUAAAUACUAAACUUUAAUCCGAGUCUGAUAGAACAAAGCUUGAAAAAAUCACUAUUCGACCAGGCCUUCGUAGAAUCUGCCCUUGGUACGCAGUAUAAAAAAUCCUAUUAAACACAAUUCCAACUUUCAAGCCAUUUAAUCCAAUAAAGGUAUACAAAGUGCAUGUAUUAUAAAUUUUCUAUAUGUAACAAAUGCUGUAAUAUAUAAUAUCGUAGUUAAAAUCGUCCAUCGUUUUAGAGACAAAGACUUGCGCGCCGUGUAAUUAAUUGUUAGUUAUGUUCACCUUGUCCGCGCUACAACGCAAGAUAAAGCGCAAUGAUAAGCAACAACAUAUAAGGAAAAUAACGCAACGUUUCGAUAUUCUUAUGUUUUUUUUUUGUUUUUCCGUCGUAGUGAGGACAGUACAUCAGGGUUGUACAAAACUUGAAAAUCCUUGAAUUUGGAAAAUCGUUGAAAGUUCUUGAGUUUAUAAAGAAGUGCUUGAAAGUCCUUAAAUUGUUCUUGCUUUAGUGGAUAUUUCCUGAAAUUGUUUGGCAUUAACAAUUGGACAUUUUGUAAAUUGAUUCUCUUUGAAAAUCAUUUUUUUAAUUGAUUUUCAUGUCUUACAAAGACCAAAGCUGUUUGAAAUUCAUUAAAGUUGCCGUUUGAACAGUUUAACGUCACUUUUUACUGAUUUCUAACGCCUUUUUUUCAGCCUUUAGUCCUUGAAUUUCCUGAUACACUGACCUUGAAAGUCCUUGAAUUUAACUCUUCCUGACCUGUACGAACCCUGGGACAUAAGAAAUCGAUACGUUUGAUCCUUCUUAUAUGCUUGCGUCGUAGUAAGGAUCAGGCUUAAUUGCGUUCAACUGUGCGAUGUGUGUGUAUAUACAUUUUAAUAUUAAAAAAUUAGUUAGUUUACGUGUUCUUAUGUAUUACUACAAAGUUUUGAACAUAGAUAUCUUAUAUACACUAGAUAGCGCAUCUCGUUUAGUAAAAUUGAAGCCAAGAAUAUUCCAGCGUUUACCCCCAUUUUAACCUGAAGUUCAGGCCCUAAUUUGAAAUAGGGCCUGACACAAAACCUGUCUAGACCGUGAUACGCCCACAUGUUAUUUUUAGACACACAUGCAAUAUGAUUGACAAGUGUUGUAGAUUUCGUUACACAAAAAAAUUAUAUUCUCAUGAACAUGUCCGCAGAGCAUUUUGCUUUUUAAUUAAACUUAAAAAUUCAAGGUACUUUUAUAUAAUUAAGAGUCAGUUUCUCUAUUUAACCGAACAGGCGAACAGCGAACAAAGAUUUAAUUAGUCAGUUCUGUGCACGGCUUGACUGCCAAGCUUUCUCAAGGUCUCAACUUGCUGGACGCGGAUAUACUCUAGCGACUAACGGGCUAAUAACAGCAACAAUUAAAUUCUCAAUCAUACCACUAAGAAGGCGAUGUAGCUCAGAAAACAACGCCGGUAGGACCUGAUAUUAGAACUAAGACUUUUGCCGGCGAUUCAAGCAAUUUGGCAGAACAUCUUGGCUGUCAACAACAAGCUUUCGAAUACAUGACUAGUUUGGCUGUUCUUUCAGCGUCGUGUGUAUCCAAAAUUCGUCAAAGAUUUUGAUGAAGCCCUUUCAAAAUACUGUUUGUUUGAUUUAUUUUCUGCCAUAAAGCAUAAAAGAAAAGAAAUUCGAAGAAAUCGAUAAUGGAAUUUGUUACGUGCGCUUGACCUUUAUAUUAAUUCUCGCCUUGACCGAGCUAUUUUUAAAACUGUUGUUUAUGUGAACUUGCAACCAAUCAAAAUCCUUCAUGAUGCUGAUCAACCAAUCAGAUUUCCCGUCCACCAGGUGGACGGGAAUCCCACACUUUAGAUAGGUUUUGUGUCAGGCCCUAUUCUGUGAUAGGGCCUGAACUUCAGGUUACCCCCAUUUGAAUAGAUGGCGGCCAUGUUGGUAGUUCCCACUCGCUAAUAAACGCUUAAAAACAACAACUUUAAUUUGAAUAGUUUAAAAAUGUAUUUGGAACAGGUUUACUCUCGAUUUCAAUUUGCUUUUCAAAACUGACUUCCAAUGUUUACUUGUAAAUUCGGAAUGUUCGUUGUAAAGUUCCGAAGUUUGUUUCGAAGUUCGUUACGAUGAUUUACGAUGAUUCAAUAGCAAGCGAUUUGAUUGGCUGGUUCACUUAACUAGCCAAUUACAACUUACUAAACUUGAUUAUCGUAAAUCAUCGGAACGAACUUCGAAGCAAACUUCGGAACUUUACAACGAACAUUUCGAAUUUACAAGU